GUCACUAUGGCACGUCGACUGCCAGUACACCUCUCGCACAAGAGCGCCCUUGCGCUGCUUCCACCGUCGAGUAUUACUCCACCAAUUGAAGCAGUACGACGCGUGCACGACAAGCACUUUGCUCGCUGGCCGCCUCAUCUCAACUUGAUCUAUCCCUUCCUUGCGUCACCAUCCCAGACCACUGAACAAGGAAAUGAAUCAGGACCUCCGCGCUUGAAAGAAGAGAUACGUGUACGAAUUGAGAAAGUAACCAAGAAUAUUCAACCAUUCCACGUGUCUCUCAACGCGGAUCCGCCUGGCACCUUUUCUCGCAGCAAGAGGAGCCAGACCGUCUGGCUUGGUCCCUCAACGCAGUCCGUUCAACAGCUGCACGCAGCCCUGCAGACUGAGUUUACUGAUUGCGACUCUGACCAGCGACCUUUCACGCCUCACUUAUCGGUAGGUCAAGCCCGGAGUGACAAAGAGGUGCAAGUCUUGAGCGAGGAGAUCAAGAAGAGUGUUUUUGAGUAUAUGAUUGAACAUGACAAAGGCGCACUAGACUGGCACGUCGACACAGUCUAUGUCAUCGAACGCAAAGGCUUCCACGACCGGUUCAAGGUCGUCGGCGCGAUCGAACUAGGGAAG